AUGCCCAUGACCCUUACGUCUAUCGUCGCAAACUGCAACAUCAUCAGAUUUACACUGAACCAAGUCGAUUCUGCCCUUGCGAAAAACUUUCAACCUACCGGAGACUGGUACGAAGAGCUUGUUGAGCAAUCUGAUGGUAUCAAAAUUGGGUGUACCGGGACUUUGUCUAUGCUUGAGAACCAUGUCACAGACCUGCUCAACGUCGCUGGUCUCGACGUGUCGCUAAAAGUACAGAAAGUUUCGAGAGUGGACAAGUCGAAAGCUUUGUACAAUGAAUCCGAGAUGAAAGAGCUCUUCGAACAGCUCAAGAAUUACAUCACCCUCCUGAACACUAUCUUGAGCAAUAUGCAAAGGCCUGUCGGUCUCGUUCAACGGGUCACGACCGACACUGAUUACAUUAUUGCAAAAUGCAAGACAAUUCCUUGA